CUCUUGUCUCCCCAGCUCUCCUCUUAGCUGGCCUCCCCCUCCCGUCUGCCUCUCCCCAUCGCCCCUCCUCUCUGCCCCUUCCCCUCCCUCUCCUCCUGCCGGUCUGUCUCUUCCCAGUUCCCCACCCUCUCCCCCUCCUGUCUUGUCCCUCCCCAUCUCUCUCUCUCUCCCUUUGGCUCCUAGUCCCUCCCCAGUCCUCCUGUCUGUUGGUCUGCCCCUCCCCAUUUCCCCCUCCACUCUCCCCUUUCUUGGGCUUCCUGCCCUCCUUUCCCCCAUCUCACCUCCCCUUCCUCCCCAACCACCUUAUCUGUCUCUCCCUAUCCCCCUCCCCUUUCCUCUGCUACCUGCCCCUUUCCCCUUCCCCUCCCUUAUUUCUAUCCCUCUCCCCCAUAUUUGUAAUCCUCCUCUUUUCCUGCCUCUAUAGCCCCCUCACUCCUCCCCUUUCUUUUAUUCCCUCAGUCCCUCUCCCCUGUCCUCCUCCCUCCUGUUGCCCCACAGUUGGGCCUUUCUCCCCUUAGGCUGCCUGGCCUCAGACACUCUCCCUCUUCCUGUCUCUCCUCCGGGGCUCCUCCCUUGGGUUACAUCUCCCAACCCCAUCAUGCAGGCCAGAGCCCCAAGGCCCCCUCACUUCCCUGCCUCCCACCCGUCUCCAGCCUUGCAGUCAUGAUAAGGAAGAUGCUGCCCCGCAAGGUGAACUAACUUGUUCGAGGUCAUCCCCACAGCUGGUGGUGAUUGUUAAGCCUGCCAACAUGCCCCAUGAGAAGAGUUUCUUGGUGACAGGGGAACCCCCUGGCAACCCCGGAUACCCUGGGGCAUCUCAGCCUCAAAUGGCCCCUUAUGGUCAACCACCCUACCCUGUGGCCCCUCACCCACAACCUGCCUUUCAGGGUGCUUAUGGCCAACCAGGGUACCCUCAGGGGCCCUACCCUCAAGGGCCCUACCCUCAAGGGCCCUACCCCCAAGCUCCUUAUCCAACAGGCUAUCCCCACCCCCAAGGGGGUUACCCCCAGGGUCCCUACCCACCCAGACCUUAUCCCACCAAUCCUUAUGGACAACCACCUGACUUUCAAGAUCCUAACUCACCAAGGAGUGGGAACUAUCAUGGGGAAGGGCCCCCAUCCUAUUAUGACAAUCAGGACUUUCCAGUCACAGACUGGGAUGACAAGAACAUCCGGAGGGCAUUCAUUCGAAAGGUGUUCCUGGUCCUUACCCUGCAGCUGACUGUCACCCUCUCCUCUGUGGCUGCAUUCACCUUUGUGGAUGAAGUGAAGAUUUUUGUCCGGAAAAAUGUCUGGACCUACUACGUCUCCUAUGCAGUCUUCUUUGUCUCUCUUAUUAUCCUUAGUUGUUGUGGAGAAUUUAGACGAAAGCACCCUUGGAACAUCAUUGCCCUGUCCAUCCUGACCCUGAGCUUGUCAUACAUGGUGGGCAUGAUUGCGAGCUUCUAUAAUACGGAUGCUGUCAUCAUGGCUGUGGGCAUCACCACCAUCGUCUGCUUCACUGUGGUCAUCUUCUCCCUUCAGACCCGCUAUGACUUCACCUCUUGUAUGGGGGUCCUCCUGGUAUGCACAGUGGUGCUGCUAAUCUUUGCCAUCCUCUGCAUAUUUAUCCGCAACCGGAUCAUGGAGAUUGUCUAUGCCUCCCUGGGAGCUCUGCUCUUCACCUGUUUCUUGGCAGUGGACACCCAGCUGCUUCUGGGGAACAAGCAGCUGUCUCUGAGCCCUGAGGAAUAUGUAUUUGCUGCCCUGAACCUCUACACAGAUAUAAUCAACAUCUUCCUCUACAUUCUUGCCAUCAUCGGCCGGGCUAAGGAGUAGCCCCGGCUGGGCCCUGCCUGGCCACCUGCCCUUUCCUUCCAUCCCAGCUCUCUCUUCUCCCUCUCUAACCUCUCUUCUUGCUUCCUUUCUCUUUUCUCUCUCCUCAAGUCUGGGUGCUGCUUCCUCAUGGGCGAGGGGCAAAGCAGUCUUGUGCUCUUCCCCUUCUCCUUCCCUAGGGCUGAGGCUGAGGCUCAGGGAGCCCCCUCCCCCUGUAUAUAAAUGUGCAUAUAUUUAUGUUCAAACCACAGCUGAGACUGUUGGCCCUGUCUGUGUCCCCAGCACGGCCUCACCUAACUCCAGAGCUAAUUGGGAAGGAACUGACUGAACAGGGCCCCCUCUCCCUUUUCCAUGCUGCAUGAGCCCUGCCCUCUGACUCUGCCUGUUCCCUAAGGUGGGGACAGAUUUCAGGCUUCAGGGAAGAGGAAUGAGCCCAAGAACUGAGGGUGCACGGCUUCCCUCAGCACUCCCACCCAUUCACCCCUUCAGCCUGGCCCAGAGCAGCCCCCUUUCUCCUCCCUCAUCCCCCUGCCCUCCUUCAGAAGAGGGGAACACCCACCACCUGGACUGAGCACCGAGGGGAGGCGGGACUGGCUGUAUUUCUUCCCUACAGCUACUGUCAAUAAUAAAGCUCUAAUAAAUGUGA